UGGGGGGGGGAUUGUUGCAGAUCAGAAGAAGGAGGAGGAGGAGGAGGCGGCUGCGGCGAUGGCUACAGAAGGAGGGAAAACCUCUGAGCCAGAGAAUAACAAUAAAAAAUCCAAAACCUCAGGCUCCCAGGACUCUCAGCCUUCUCCUCUGGCUUUACUGGCAGCUACUUGCAGCAAAAUAGGGACUCCUGGUGAAAAUCAAGCAACCGGACAGCAGCAGAUUAUUAUAGACCCAAGCCAAGGACUGGUCCAACUUCAGAGCCAGCCACAGCAGCUGGAACUGGUGACAACGCAGCUUGCAGGAAACGCUUGGCAACUUGUUGCCUCCACUCCUCCCGCUUCAAAGGAAAAUAACAUCUCUCAACCAGCUUCUAGUUCAUCUAGUUCUUCCAGCAGUAAUAACGGGAGUUCCUCUCCUACAAAAACUAAAUCAGGUAAUUCUUCUACCCCUAAUCAGUUUCAAGUCAUACAAGUACAGAAUCCAAGUGGUAGUGUACAGUACCAAGUGAUCCCCCAACUUCAGACGGUGGAAGGUCAGCAAAUUCAAAUCAAUCCAACUAGUAGUUCAUCUCUACAGGAUUUGCAGGGUCAAAUUCAGCUCAUUUCUGCAGGUAAUAAUCAAGCUAUCCUCACUGCUGCUAACAGGACAGCCUCUGGUAAUAUUCUUGCUCAAAACCUGGCAAAUCAGACAGUUCCAGUACAAAUUAGACCUGGUGUUUCAAUACCAUUGCAGUUGCAGACCCUGCCUGGUACUCAGGCUCAAGUUGUAACAACCCUACCGAUUAACAUUGGAGGAGUGACUUUAGCUUUGCCCGUGAUAAAUAACGUGACUGCUGGAGGAGGGACUGGACAAGUUGGCCAGCCUACAACCACUACUGAUAGUGGGACUUCCAAUGGGAAUCAAUUAGCUUCUACGCCCACCACCACCACUGCUUCUGCCAGUACUAUGCCUGAAUCGCCCUCUUCCUCUACUACUUGCACUACCACUGCAUCCACAUCUCUAACCAGCAGUGACACAUUAGUGAGUUCAGCAGAUACGGGCCAGUACGCAAGCACAUCAGCCAGUAGUUCUGAACGCACCAUUGAAGAAUCGCAAACACCUGCUGCUACGGAGUCUGAAGCCCAGAGCUCCAGUCAGCUUCAGCCCAAUGGGAUACAAACUGCCCAGGAUCAGUCCAGUUCUCUUCAGCAGGUACAGAUUGUAGGCCAGCCUAUCCUGCAGCAAAUCCAGAUCCAGCAGCCUCAGCAGCAGAUCAUCCAAGCGAUUCCGCCACAGUCAUUUCAGCUGCAGUCAGGGCAGACCAUUCAGACCAUCCAGCAGCAGCCUUUGCAGAAUGUUCAACUUCAAGCUGUCAACCCGACUCAGGUGCUUAUCAGGGCUCCAACUUUAACACCUUCAGGGCAAAUCAGCUGGCAAACUGUCCAGGUUCAGAAUAUUCAGAGUCUUUCAAAUUUGCAAGUUCAGAAUGCUGGGUUAUCUCAGCAGCUAACCAUCACCCCCGUGUCUUCAAGUGGUGGCACAACUCUUGCUCAGAUCGCUCCUGUGGCUGUUGCUGGUGCCCCAAUAACUCUGAAUACUGCCCAGCUUGCAUCAGUGCCUAACCUUCAGACAGUGAGCGUUGCCAACCUGGGUGCUGCGGGCGUUCAAGUUCAGGGAGUUCCAGUAACAAUCACUAGUGUUGCAGGUCAGCAGCAAGGACAGGAUGGAGUGAAAGUCCAGCAAGCUACUAUAGCUCCUGUGACGGUGGCGGUUGGAGGGAUUGCUAAUGCAACGAUAGGUGCUGUUAGUCCUGACCAACUCACACAAGUGCAUUUGCAGCAAGGCCAGCAGACCUCUGAUGCAGAGGUGCAGCCUGGCAAGAGGCUCCGAAGAGUUGCCUGCUCCUGUCCUAAUUGUAGGGAAGGAGAAGGAAGGGGCAGCAGUGAACCAGGAAAGAAGAAGCAGCACGUUUGCCACAUUGAAGGGUGUGGGAAAGUGUAUGGCAAGACCUCUCACCUCCGAGCACAUCUCCGCUGGCACACUGGAGAAAGGCCUUUCAUCUGCAACUGGAUGUUCUGUGGCAAAAGAUUCACAAGGAGCGAUGAGCUUCAGAGGCACAGAAGGACCCACACAGGUGAAAAGAGAUUUGAAUGUCCAGAAUGUUCUAAAAGGUUUAUGCGGAGUGAUCACCUUUCCAAACAUGUGAAAACUCACCAGAAUAAGAAAGGAGGUGGGACAGCUCUUGCCAUUGUUACCUCGGGAGAACUGGACUCUUCUGUCACAGAGGUGCUGGGCUCUCCACGGAUUGUCACAGUUGCAGCCAUUUCUCAAGAUUCCAAUCCAGCAACUCCCAAUGUUUCAACAAACAUGGAAGAAUUCUGAAACGCUAUUUAUAACAAAGACCUCUAGUGCUGCACUUAAGUUUACACACCUUUGAAAUCUGGAAAUGGGCUGGUCAAGUGGAAAUCAGAGUGGGAAAUCGCAUCUGCACCUUGGAAUCUUUAAGUAUUCCAGGGAUUUUUGGUUCAACGCAUAAAGUGUUGAAUUUUUAAAAAUAGAAAAAGAAAACCAAUAUACUGGAAACAGAAGAGUAUUUCUUCCAUGUUAUAAGUUGCUGUAGUCCUUGGAAAUAAUCACCUAACCUUUAAACAGACCUCCCUCUACCACCCCAGUUGUUGACGUGUCUAAAGAGACACCCAUUUGCGGGCUGGACCUUAACCUGUUGGGAAGUACCUUGUUCAAAUCUAGUCAGUAAUAAUUACACAUACUUCUUUUACUCUCUAGCACAGAAAACAGAUUGUGAUAUGACAAUAGGGAUAAUACUGUAUUUCUUUAGCUUGGUUUUUGGAAAAAAAUCCACUUAAAAUAGUUUUGGCCGUCUUUUCUAACUAUCAAAAGUUCUUCAAAAGUUGAAUUAGGUUACGUUCCAAAAUAGCAACCUGAGAUCUAUCUCGGGUAUUUAUCACCACUACAUUAUAGUAGUGUGUAUGCAGACAAUCAGUGAAGCCCAAUUAUUUUCUCCAUUUUGGAGACACAAGAGGACCUUAGAGCGAAAUCUUAGGUUAAAUUUUAGAUUGAAAAUUUAGGAAAAUACUGGGGGAAAUUUAUUAGAACAGAAAUCAUGAUAGCUUCAAAAAGGUGAGAGGAAGCAGUUUAACAAGUUGUGAAGUUAGGGUUGACUGUGUGCCUAACCCUGUGUUCAGUAGCAAAAUUUCAUUUUAAAUGCUCAUAUUGGAAAUGCUCGCAUAGAUUACAAAUCUAUGUAAUUUCAUAUUCUGUAAAUAUGAGUUAUGCUGACAAUGUGUAGGAUUCUUUAUGCUUUGACUUAGUAGCCAAAGAAAGAAUUAUCAUACUUUUUUCAGGUCAGCAGAAAUUUAUUUUUAACUACAUUAUAAUUUUGUUUUCCUUUGCUAAAAAUUUGCUAAUCCAAUUUUAUUUCUAGUACUGUGUUAGGCUUAUAAGAAUUUAUAUCACAGUGAUGUCUUUAUGUUGUAUCAAUAACAAAGUUUUCCCUAAAGGUCUAGACAGCUUAGCAAAUAUAUAAUAAAAAUGAUAUUAUGAAGCAAAAAAUAUUUUUGGAAAACCAGAAUACUUUUCAGUCAAAUAGUGACUGAAAAUAUAUUUCAUUUUUUGUGCAAGGGUCUUAGAGAACAGUGUCUUAUUAGGAAAGAUGGCCAAACAUUUCAUAUGAAAAACAAUUGGAUUAUUCUACUAGAUUAAACAUUAGUAAGACACUUAAUGUUUUUAGAGCGUACUUACACAGAAUCAUAACUAUUGAAACUGACCAUUUGGAAACUGAAAUUUUUACCUAAUUCAUUGUUAUUGGUUUGAAGAUAGGUAUAUGUUUUCUUGUGCAUUCUUUAUUAUUUCAGGAAAAAUACUGCUCAUGAGAAUUCUCUUCCAGAAUCAUGAUGUUUCUUGUAUUUUUGAUGAAGGAGAAAUACUGUAAUGAUCACUGUUUACAUUAUGUACACUUUAGGCCAGCCCUUUGUAGCGUUAUAUAAAACUGAAGGCCUUUUGUGCUUUCGGUUUGUAUAAAAAAGCUUUGAGAUUAAAGGAAAAAAUUUUUACACUGUGGUUAUAAAUUUCAAGUUUCUUAAAGCUUUUGUAGACUUGUAACAAAGUCUUUAAAUUUCAGUUGAAUUUUGUAAGUUGUUUUGUAUAUUUUAUUUAAUGUACUCUUAACAACUGAUGCAUCUGGCUUUAAAACAUCAGAAUCAGUUUGUUGUUUUGUUUGGUACAGAGGAGCAUUUGGUAGUGUUGAUUUUAAUUUUAUUAUAUAGGAGCUGAAACAUCAAAUAUAUAUUUUAUCUAUCAUGCUACACAAUCAAUGCUAUAAAUUUUUUUAUGCAAAGAGACUUUCUUAAUGUUUUAAUCAUGUUUUCUCCAAGCUAUUCUUCUGUUGUUAGCACCAAGUAUGAGCACUCUGCAUCACUCUCCCCCGAGCCAGUUUCAUGCAACUCAUAUGCUCAUCCGAAGUGCAGGUUAUCCUCACCAACAGCGAAUCAGACAAACCCCAGUCAGCAGACACAUUUCACCACUGAAGUUAGAAAUAUUUUGACAGUCUGUUCUGCCUACCAUUCUGAGUCCACCUUUCUGUCGUAUGCAGUCGUAAAUUUCAGUGUCCUUUGACUCCGUGGGAUGUAGCGUGGUAGGGCACAAACGUGCAGUAGUCUUGUUAAUGGCAUUCACUGCUCAUUCUCUUUGCCACCGGUCUGAAGCUUUUCUUUGUAAAAUUAUCAGUGCAGAGCUCUGUAUUUAUCAUGGUAGAACUCCAGUGUUAGAAUAGUUUUCUCUAACAGUAUACUUUCUUUGGUUAAGUUUGUGUAUGUGUUGCUGAUUACAUUAGAACUUGAUGUUAAGUCAUUAUUUAUCACACUCAUGAGAGCAGUAAUAAAAGUGUGUAAUCUAGGAGAAAAAGUUAAUUUGUCAAACUUAGAUAAGCAUGAUGUUUAGGUCCUAUUUUUCAAUUUUAUAACUGUUUUAUUGCAACAAUAUUUGUAUUUGAGUCUCCAUUUUAAUGCCUUGUGGUGUUUUUUUAUGCAUGUCACUAAGUUGUCAUCCCACAUAAAUUGAUGUGCAGCAUAGGGUAUUAAAUCUACAUAAUGAUUUUAAAACAGAAAUAGUUGAUGGUAAAAUGUAAAUGUUUUGCAAAAAUUCCUUAUAAAAAGUUUCGUAGUAACAUUUCACUUGUAAAUUUUUUGUAAAAAAGAAAAUGGUAAAAAAAAAUGAAUACAAAAAAAACCUGUUUUCCCAUAUCCUAGAAUUUAGACAAUUAUUCUGCCAGCAAAGCCUCUGGGGCUGUAAUUGACAUUUUUACAGUGCUGAUUUGUAUAAAAUUUGUUUUUUGUGGAUUUGGAAAUAAAAUCAUGUACAAGUUGUUGCCUGCAGUAACAAUUGCAAGUAACCUUUUAAAGUCCCCUUGGGUUGAACAUGCUUCAUUUAAUUAUGUAUAUCAUAGAGCAGCAAUAAAGUGUUUAAACUAUCAGCCUUCUCAUCACAGUGAACACUGAAAAUUUAAAUGCCUCUCACUAGAAAAUGUAUUGGCAAACCUUCUUAAUCCUGGUGUUCAGAUCUGAUCAACUCUUCUCAAUAUACCGCAAAAGAACUCCAGCUUAGAUUGCAUGUUAACUUGUGGCCAUUGCUGUAGACAUUUAUGAAAAUUAAAUUUUGAUUUAGAGACACUUCAUUUAAAUAAUUUUAAGCAAUAAAUGUUAGGAAAUAGUAGGAUGGUCUAAAAAUUGAAAAACAAAAUUAAAAGAAUAUUUAAGCCCACAGCAGCAUGUAGAAGAAGUGUAGGCCACCUAGAUUUGGGAAGGUCUGUAACAAGAACAGAACUGCUUUUCCUUCUAGCAUAGACUUGCAUGUUUCACAAAAACCUUAUGAAUACACUUGAGUAUGACUUUAGUGGACACAUUUCCAAGUCUAUACAUAGCAGAGCCACUGGAGAGAACUGCAGGGUGUUAGACACCAAGGGAAGUGAGCUGCGCACAGGGCUCCAAUAGUGUUUAAACAUGAAACAGGCAGGGUGGUGUAUGUGUGUGUGCACAGCUUGGACAGCACAGCCUAAGGGCGUGACUAUGCUACAACGUACAUGCAUAGCAUAUGUUCUUAACAGUGAUCAAACCAAGGGACAGUUAAAUGUAUGCUCCCCCACCAAGUAACAACUUGGUCAAAAGAUUUCAUGUCAAAAGUAAAGGUACCCAUCUUGACCAGGA